UGUCCCUGCGCCGGAAGUCUCGCUGGGUUGAGUUGGUGGACUUGCCUGCGUGCCCUGUAGGCUUGCUGGGGAGUCGCCAUGGCGCCCAAAGGAAAGGUGGGAACCAAAGGUAAAAAGCAGAUAUUUGAAGAAAACAAGGACACGCUCAAGUUCUAUCUGCGAAUCAUCCUAGGAGCGAAUGCCAUUUACGGAAUUGUAAACCUUGGGAUCUUCUAUGUAACAGCCACCAUUUGGACUUGGAUUGCCUUUGUGUUCAGCCUGAUGGUCUAUGGGGCCAGUUACCACUCGAUGAGGUCAAUGGCAAAGCCUACUUUUGCAGAGGGAGGCAGCCUCACUGAUGGCGGGAUUGACCUGAAUAUGGAGCAGGGAAUGGCAGAGCAUCUGAAGGAUGUGAUUUUGCUUACAGCCAUAGUCCAAGUGCUCAGCUGUUUUUCCCUCUACGUGUGGUACUUCUGGCUUUUGGCUCCUGGACGAGCACUUUAUCUCCUGUGGGUUAACAUCCUGGGUCCUUGGCUCACUGCAGAAUCUCCAGCUGCCAAUCAAGAGCCCAACGAGAAGAAACAGCGCCGGCAAGAACGCCGGCAGAUGAAGCGGUUUUAGCUGCGGUCCUGGUCGUGAAUGUCGUGCCCACUUUGGUCUCUGCGUGGCUGUUUAUCAGGGAUUUGAACCAAUCAGAAAACACCAGGGGGUUGUUCUCUCUUCUUGCCCUUGCCCUUCUGCUGAUGUCUGUUCAUCCUAAGGCUAGAUGGCUUGCAAUAGGGAGACUGAGCCCCAAGCAAAUUGUUGCCUUUGUCUGCCUUAUGACGAGGGGUGAGGAGGGGGGUCAUGGGGGGUCUUCAGAUGUGUAAAUAUCUUUCUAAAAUGAUGCUGUAAUAGGAAUCUGAGGAUGAAGGUCUUUCAGCGUUGGAAGCAAUGGUGCAUUAAAAAGACACACACACACACA